GCCGACCAGCAGAUGUGACAUAAAAAAGCAACAUAGGAGAAUUGUGUUUGGUCUUCGAGGAAAGCUUGCUCAGUGGGACAUUUUUAUUUAAAACAGCACACUUAAACACACUUUUUUUUUUUGAUAUUCACUUUUUAGGGAGUCGUUUGCUGAUCUGUGUAGACCUGGUUCUUCUAAUGAAAGUUUUCUCCAUGAGUUUCCAGUCUGCGUCCAGUAGUUCUUGAUCUCGGAGGGAAGGAAGGACGAGAGGAAGAUGGCGAUCCACGCCGAGGGUAUCGUGGCUAUCGUGCUCUUCUAUGUCCUGAUUCUUUUCGUGGGCAUCUGGGCUGCGUGGAAGAAUAAGAACUCUGGGGUUGGCGAAGGCAUAGAUCGGAGCGAGAGUAUUAUGGUCGGGGGAAGGGACAUAGGGUUGUUCGUUGGGGGAUUCACAAUGACCGCCACCUGGGUGGGUGGAGGUUACAUCAAUGGAACAGCAGAAUAUGUCUACCUGCCAGACUACGGGCUGGCCUGGGCACAGGCACCCUUUGGUUAUGCUCUCAGCUUGGUUGUAGGUGGUCUUUUCUUUGCCAAACCCAUGCGAUCGCGUGGAUAUGUCACCAUGCUGGACCCCUUCCAGCAACUAUAUGGCAAAAGGAUGGGGGGUCUACUCUUCAUUCCGGCACUCAUGGGAGAAAUCUUCUGGUCUGCAGCCAUUUUGUCUGCUUUGGGUGCUACUCUCAGUGUGAUUGUGGACAUAAACAUCAACAUCUCAGUGGUGAUCUCAGCACUGAUAGCUAUCUUCUACACUCUUGUUGGAGGACUUUACUCUGUUGCCUACACAGAUGUGGUCCAGCUGUUCUGUAUUUUUGUGGGCUUGUGGAUCAGUGUGCCUUUUGCACUCUACCAUCCUGCCGUGUCAGACAUCACCAUUUCAGCCAAGGAAGAAAUCUAUCAGUCUCCUUGGCUGGGAAAAAUUGAACCUGAAGACAAAUGGCUCUGGGCAGACAACUUCUUUUUGCUGAUGCUGGGGGGGAUUCCCUGGCAGGUUUAUUUUCAGCGGGUUCUCUCUGCCUCUUCAGCUACCUACGCUCAGGUUCUCUCCUUUAUUGCGGCCUUCGGUUGCUUGGUCAUGGCAGUUCCAUCAGUUCUCAUUGGAGCUAUAGGCGCUUCCACAGACUGGAACAAAACCACAUAUGGUGUCCUCCCUCCGAAGGAUAAGGAUGAGUCCGACAUGAUCCUUCCCAUAGUACUUCAGCACCUCUGCCCGCCCUACGUCUCCUUCUUCGGUCUUGGUGCCGUGUCGGCUGCGGUCAUGUCAUCAGCAGACUCGUCCAUACUCUCAGCCAGCUCCAUGUUUGCCAGGAAUAUAUAUCAGCUUGCCUUUAGGCAGUCGGCGUCAGAUCGUGAGAUUGUGUGGGUGAUGCGCCUCACCAUCUUUGUAUUCGGAGCUUUAGCCACAGCUAUGGCACUGUUAACGGGAUCGGUAUAUGGCCUGUGGUACCUGAGCUCUGACCUUGUCUACGUCAUCAUUUUUCCCCAACUUCUCAGUGUGCUCUUUGUCAAGGGUACCAAUACCUACGGGUCAGUGGCAGCUUAUGUUUUUGGUCUCAUUCUUCGCAUUGGUGGAGGGGAGCCCUACUUAAAACUCCCUCCUUUCAUCUACUACCCUGGUUGGGUGACUGUAGAGAAGGUCCACCACCUCACAGGAGACAUAGAGUACUUUGUCCAGCAGAGGUUCCCCUUCAAAGCUGUGUCCAUGUUGGCAUCCUUCUUGGCAAAUGUGUCUUUUUCCUAUUUGACAAAAUAUCUUUUUGAAAGCGGCAUGCUGUCACACAAGUAUGACUUUUUGGAUGCUGUAGUGUCCAAGCAUAGCAAGGAGAACAUGGACAAAGCCACACUAGUGAGCAAUCAUGAUAAUAUCAUUCUUUCAGAGAUGGCUCCCGUCAAGCAAACCAUGAGUGCUUCUCUUGCUGGGACCUUCACCAACACUGAAGUCCUCAGUGACGAUGGUGCAUCAAGUCCAGAGUCUUUUCACAGUGAAAAUUAGAGAACAAAGGCACAAAGAAAACAUGAACCAAGGAAUGUGAAGAGGAAGGAAUCAUCAUAGAGGCAUCAGCACUCUUCAGGAAACCUCCUACUGCCACACUGGGAGCCAAACCAGGAGACGUCUACUGUGGCUUCUAAGUGACUACACAAGUUGCUUUUGUGAUGGUGACGUGGUGCCUCUUGGUAUUCCUUUUCUUUUUUUUGGAGAUUCUUUGCCUAUGAAUAGGACAGUGACUCUUGAUCAGCCGUGCAAACCAUGCCAUUCUCAUUGUUGUGUUUCGUCACUACCACUCUGUGAAUCUACAACCAUUUCAAUGUCGGUGCUGCUACUGAGAUCUGAGGAACUGAGGACCUGAGGAUCUGAGGACAGUUAAUCAAGUGUCUGCAAGGCUUUAUGGUAGGUUAUAAAAAUUGUGCAAUAUCAAACCAAGGAAUACAAGUAACCCAAGAACCAUAAAAUGUCAUGAGAGGGGGCAGACCAAGGGGGUUAGAAUAGCUGGGCAUUUCCGGGCUCAUCUCAAAAACUGAAGCGAAGAAGAAGAGUUUACCAAUCAACAUGACUUACAUAAAAUUAAAGAGCGAUUGAAAGGAAAUUUUUACAGUGAAUUAGAUAGCAUACUUGUGAGAAUACAAAACAAGAGCUGGUGUUUUUGUUGUUUUUGUUUUUUGUUUUAAGCUGCAGGGCAAUGGUAUGAACACACACACAUCCAAUCCAUUGAGAUCUGUAAUCUUCCUGUUGACUUUGCUCACGACGUUACGCCUUAUGUGGUCAAAUCAAUUAUUUGUGUAAAAUGUCCUCUAACUCUCUCCUUGAUUUUCCUAAAGCCAUGUUGAUUGGUAAACUCUUCCCUUCAAUUUUUGAGGGGAGACUAAGAUGUCCUGCGAUGGACUGGUGACCUGUCCAGGGUUCACCGCUGCCUCUCGCCUGAAAGUAGCUGGGAUAGACUCCAGCAGACCCCGUGACCCUGCAAAGGAUAAAGCGGGUAUAGAUAAUGGAUGGAUGGAUGGACUAUGAUGUCCAGGUCUACAAA